AUGGCCCUGCAAUUGGUACAAGUCCCACAUGGACUUCAGGGGACAGGAGCAGUCAGUGCCCAAGUGACAGAUGUCCUAGGUGCAUCUAUAGCACAAGAAAAACUGGAAGGAACCCAGGCCAACAAUGCUGCGCUGAAUGUGGUGGAACAUCCGCCACCACCUCCCCAACCAGCCGAUGAAGAAAGUCUCCUCCGAGACGAGUUCCAGCUGCCAGAGGACCUCCUCUCCAAGUAUCCCGAGAUAGAGACCCUGAUUGCUUCACUGGAGCCGCUUAUUCCAGAAGGCCUCUUUCCACCUCUUGCUUCCAGUGAGACAACCAAAGGCAGUGAAGGAAUGCUGGCGGAGGCCUGCCUUCCAGAGGAAGCCCUGGGGAGCCACCAGUCAUCAGCACCAGUGUCCACAAGGUCUUUCAGAGUAGAGGCAAAGUCAAUCCCGGAUGCCCCUGAGCCAUGCAAAGAGGUGCCAAAAGCCCUGCACCCGCAUUCCUUUGUGAAAGAUCUAAACAUCAAGGGCACAGAGGUGGCCAUACUCAGAAAGGGCUCAGCAACACAGGGACAGGCAUCACUUCCUCCAACAGAUGAGCAGGAUACAAAACUGAAUAAGCCCUCGGGUAAUCCACUGAUCCAGCGCCCAGUUUACAUCUUAAAAGAUAUUGGGUUUCCAUUUCCACCAGAUCCUCUGAGACCCAAAUCCUUGAAGAAAACCCAGAAGUCAAAAUGUGACUCCACCCAAAGCAAAGGCAAACACGAGGGGAACGGGAAAACUGAAGGCAAACCCAUCAGCAUGACAGGGAGAAGAAAGUGGGGUGUUGCUGAGUCCCAGACGUUAAUCAAGCUCCCCAGAAUCACUCUGGAACCUAUCCCAGAGGGCUCUAAAAAAUGCCAGCCCACCCAUGAAAAGUCCAUGAAGCCAAAGGCAUUAUCAGAGAUUAAGGGGAAAAGGAAAGGCAUUUCGACAAAGGCAGAAGUUUCACCCAAGUUUCCCAAGUGUAUUCUGAGCAUAGAGGGAACAAGCAUAACGGGCUCUAAGGAAAGUCAUCCUAGUCAGGAGAAAAAAUGUAAGGAAAAGAGAAAGCUUCCAUUUCAAGAGGAGGGAAGUUUAAAAAACGAAGAGGACAAUCUGGAUAGAGGAAACUCCAAACACUGCCAGACAGGAUUGGAGAAAAAUGAGAUGGGACCUGAAACCAAAGAGAAGGCCACAGUAAAAGGGAGCACACCAGGCAUUAAAGGGAAAAAGAUCAAAUUGGAAGAGCGCCCCUUGGUGCCAAUCCCAAGGACCAAUCUGGCUUGGCACAUGAUGGAGUCUGUGCAAGUCUUCCAUCCCCUUGGGAAGAAGAAGAAUACAUCCAUGGUGGCCAGAAAUCUCCCUCCACUAACUGCCACCAGCAGUAGUUCUGGGAACUCACAGGCUCCACAGGAGGUACCUCUCCUUAAGUCCCUGCAUAAGCCAGUGCCCCCUACCCAGCCCCCCUCCCUGCCAAGGCCAGCCCCCCACUUGGCGCGGAGGCUGGCACCCUUCUCCGUUCCUAGGCAGCAAUCUUCUUCUUCUUCUUCCCAGAGAUUGCCCACUCAUUGUGAACAUCCAUUGCCAAAACCACUGCCAAAGCCACCAGCUACAUAUGAAGGAUGGCCACCCACGUCACAGCUUUCCCACACCAGCUGGUUAAGACCACAUCCCACCAAUGCUGGGAGGCUGCCCACCCGGCCUCACCCACCAGCUGUGCCACGCCAAAGCUCCAGGUUCCCAAGCAACAUCCGACCCUCUGUAACAAGAGCUCAGCCCUUGCAACCACCAGCCUCUCCGCCAUACCGAGGGGAUACUUUUAUUCCCUGGAGGACACCUCCAGACGACCUCGAGGAGUCCUUGCCGAUAACCGAAGAACAGCGGCCCAUCCGAGAGGCAAUGAAACGGCAAGCUCAGAGGGAGAGGGAGGAGGCAUCACACUGGACUUCCAUAGGGAGGGUGAAAUAUUUUGUGGAGCGGGAGAAAGAAAUGAACAUUUCAAAUCGCUAUGGGUAUCCAUGGCGGCACUGAGGGGUCCAGAGGUUCCCUCCAUUGAAUAAGGAAAGUCAGAGACUAUUGAUGAAAGUAGUGUUUACUUUUUGCCCCAACAUAUGUUUUUUAGGAAUAAGUGUAAGGUUAUUCUAGAGCAACCUUGUUGCUUCCGCAGUGUGAGUUUACUAUAGUUUGUAUUGCUCUAAUUUAAUUUAAUUAGAUUAAAUUAAGUUACUCUAUUUAAACAUAAAAAUGUUUACAGUGGAACUUGC